UGGCCAUCGCCACCUUCCCCGCCGAGCUUGCUUCGUUUCGCUUCGUGUCCUGUCGUUGCUCCUCCUCCUCCUCAUGGCCAAGCGCCUCUUCCACUCCUGCCGCUCGCCGUCGGCCGCCUCCGCGGUCACCCCCACAACCACCCUCCUCGCCCCCGUCCACCCGCCCGUCGUUCCAGCCCCCGCGGGCGCCGCGUGCUGCCCGCGCCGCCUCGCUCGCCGCCGGCCCCAGCCCGCGGCAGCCUGCGGCGCCAGGGGCUGUGCCGUGGACUACGUUGCCGACGACCUCCCUGCAGCUCGUGGUACGCCCGCGUACCGAUGGUUGAAGAGCUCCCGCUGGCACGUCAUCGAGGCAGCCAACGCCAGUGCCUACGCCACCGACGGCGGCGACGUCACACCCCGGCUCAAGAUCGACGAGCGGCGCCGGGUGCGGCGCUCUCGCCGACGUAGAAGGCUCCACCGGAGGGCGGCGGUCCCCGCGAGCUGGUCGUCCGGCGACAGCGGAUGGUUCAGCAGCGACGACGAGGAGCCGUACGCGUACAGCCGCAACGGCGACGGCGGCGGAGCAGGGCCGGAGUCCACGCUGGUCACAACAUCGACCACGACAGAGUCCUCGUCCACGGGCGCGAGCGGGAACAGCGCCGGCGCCGCGAUGGAGGACGAGGCGGCGAUGGCCGGGAGCUUCGCUGUGGUGAAGCGCUCCGAGGACCCCCGCGCCGACUUCCGGCGGUCCAUGGCGGAGAUGGUCGUUGGGCGCGGCAUCUACGACGCCGACGGACUCGAGCGCCUGCUGCGAUGCUUCCUGGCGCUCAACGACCGGCGCCACCGCCGCGACAUCGUCGCGGCGUUCGGCGACGUGUGGGAGACCGUCUUCUCCAACCCGCCGUCCCACUCCCACGGCGCUGUCUCCUCCCACCCUCCAAGCUGCAAGGCUACAGUCCUGUCUCAUCCGUAGAAGAACGUGUCAUUAAUACGUAGGUUUGUUAGUGGCAAACGUACGUACUCUUAUUACCUCUGUAUAAUGUGAUUAUAUGUACAUGUAGGCGUCUGUAAAUUACGCUUCUUCUUUGGGUUAACGGCUCCGGUUCCUUUUGGUUUCCUGCAUGCUACCGUUGCUCUC